CAGUUACAGUUACUACGACAUAUGCACCACACAAUAACUUUAUCAAUAAAUAAUACUAACAUUUCAAUCAAUAUUUAGCAAACAAUUUCACGACCAUGCAACAAAAAGUUGUGUUGCUAUGUUUUGUAUCCUUAUACGUGUCAAAACAGACGUGAAUUUUGUUUCUGUUUGCAAAUCGCUUCGCCGCCUCUUCCCUCUCACCAUUAGUCGCGAGGUCGCCUCGCCCCAUCUCAUCGUAAGCUCAGAUCAUUUCAACGGGGUGGAGACUUCGCUAAACAAACCUUGAUCAAUUUUUAUAUCCUGCUUUAGUUUGUAUUACCAGAGUCAUGUCUGAAAAUGUAUAUUUCGCUGGAAUCGAGGGUGGUGCAACACAAUCAAAGGCCAUAUUACUUGAUGCCAAUGGAAAAAUUCUAGCAGAAGCAGAUGGACCAGGCACCAAUCAAUAUCUGAUUGGACUUGAUGAAUGUCUCAAGCGAGUUGAAUGUAUGAUUUCUGAGUUGAAGGAGAAAGCUGGUUUAAAACCGGAUUUGAAACUAAAGUCACUGGGUCUGUCACUUAGUGGAGGAGACGAACUAGAAAUUCAACAAGAACUUAAAAGUAGAUUCACGAAGAAUUACAGUCAUUUAUCAGAAGGACUAUAUUGUUGCAGUGACACAGAAUGUGCAUUUUAUACCGUUUCAGACAAAGGUGGAGUUAUCUUGAUUGCUGGAACUGGUUCAAACUGCCAACUUAUCAAUUCCGAUGGCUCACAACAUCGUUGUGGAGGAUGGGGUCAUUUGAUUGGAGAUGAAGGAUCAGCUUACUGGAUAUCGUUGUUAGCAAUAAAAACCAUUUAUGAUCAUGAGGAUAACUUUGUUCUUUGUCCCUAUGACAUUUCGUACACCAAGGAGGCCAUAUUUCGCCAUUUCAAGAUCUCUAAUAAAGCUCAGCUGUUGGAUUAUCUUUAUCCGAAGUUUGAAAAAGCCAACAUAGCCAGGUUAUGUCUAGAGAUUGUCAAGGGAGCAAAUGACCAUAAAGAUGCCCUUUGUUUACAUCUUUUCAAAGAAUGUGGCAAAAUUCUAGCUGCCCAUGUCAAUGCCAUAGGACCGAAGAUAAAUAAGGAUUUACUGAAAUGUUCUGAUGGCCUACAGAUUGUCUGUGUUGGUUCAAUAUGGAAGAGCUGGAAAUUUCUAGAAGAAGGUUUUGUUGCUGAGCUUCGUUCUGUUCAGUCAAAACAGCAGAUUAUUUCAAAAGUUUCUAUGCUGCAACUCAGAGUAAGUGGAGCAAUUGGUGCCACAUACCUUGGUGCUAAAACCGUUGGCCAUUUAUUGCCUCUCGACUAUAAAACUAAUGCCAAUACACUUUCUAACUUUACAAUAUAAAUUUCUUUGUAUCAGAGACGUUUAUUAAAAAAAAUACUGGAUGUCGGUUUAUUUUUUUUCAUUCUAAAGUGUUAAUAAAAAUUACGUGGAAAUAUAUAAAA